GUCGAGGAAAACAUGCGGUUCCUAAAUACAGCAUCACCUGGGGCCGGUCUGCGGUUGAUGGACGAGGUGGACUUCCUUCAGCUUCAGACUUCAACCAAGGUGGUGAAACUGGUGAUGCACCCUCAUUGCACAUGUCCUGGAGGCCCCAAGAAAUGGAUGAUGUCAUUAGGGGCACUGCCGGUUCCUGGUCCCAGAACAACUUCUCAGCUGGAAUGUACUCAGCUCCACUAUUCCCCUGUCGAAAGGAAAAGUCGGAAGGGAUUUCCCGACACUUUGAGCUAAAGUGGAGUUCAGCACUGUGACAAGUUGCAUCAGCUUCAGUUCCAAUCAGCUGUGAAUGUAUCUCAGCUACUACAGUGUGAUUCAGGCCAGUUGGUUGGACUGUCUUAAAAGCCCAGACCUGAAAAAAAGAGAAAAACGCCCGUGCCACAAAGUGAGAAGGUUCGCUCCGUCUCCACCAGGGGCUUUCCACACCGCGCCGUUCCGAGAGGGGCUUGGAUGGACGUCCCUCUCUCUGCGCUCGUCGGAACGGAGACUCCAGACGCGCGGCGCGGCUCACGCAGGGGGCACAGAGCGUCCGUCCCUCGGCUUCUCCGCACGCGGGGGGAUCCUAUACCUUACGUUCCAGGGAGAAGCGCCAAGUUUUGCACCUGUCACCUCGGUUCCUCCGCAACUUGUCACGGCAAAGACGUUUGUUUCCGGCACGCGAGGAGAAAGUUUCACUGGAGGCGGAUCCUACUGUAUCUGUGCUGAUGGGAUCCGGAUCGUGAAACGACCCUUUGCUGCUCAUCUGCUGGACCAGAAGUUGAAGAGGAGCCCUACAUCUGGGAGAGGCUAAUGCUGGACGGCCUGGUAAAGUCAACCCGAAGGACCUUCGAGCCGUCAUUUGCACUCAGUGGCAGCGAGGUCACGAGGGAUGGUUCGUCCAUUCUCUGAACCACCGAUGGAGUUGUCACGAUGGCCACAAGAAACACCACAGUACUUUGAAGAAUGAACUGUCCGAACCACAGGAUUGUUGUGGGAGAAAAAAAGCCACUGAAGAUCAAAUAAAAUCACCCACAAUAAAAUCAGCGGGCCUGUCUCUGUUCAAGGAUUGUGCUUCGGGACGCAAACCCAGUCAUGACUACAGACUACAGACAAGUUUUCUUUGUGAAAAAACUUCAAUAGAAUAACUUUUGAACAGCCAAGUAUUAAAGCACCUGAGAACACACAGCAAAUGUUUGAAGUGACACGGCUCCAAGUGAAAUUGGAAACACUGCAAGCCAACGGCGGUGGAGAAUGGACGGAAGGCACGAGUCCACGCGAGGCGCUGCAUCAGCGCGACCCUUAGUUCACGCGCUGAUCAGCGAGUCAGGCCAGUAAAGUCUGAUGUUUUUGCUGCCUUGAAAAUCAUCUUGAAAGACAUUUCCCAGUCUUUGCUUCACUACUUCAGGUCAUACUCAGAGAAAUAUCAGAACGUCUAUAAGGUGGGGCAGGUACCAUAAAGGAAUCACAAUGACUGACCAUGCUACAAUACAAACAGGCUCUCCGCAGGUGGUAGGAAUCCAAUAUGCUCCAUGACCUGCCUUGUAUUCAGCAGAUAACUUCAAAUUGAUUUGUGAUCCCAUGGAUUAACUUUCAAGUUUUCACACAAAGACCUUCUGAGUGUCCCCUGGUGAGUUUUGUUUGCUAUCAAACUGUAACUGAGAAACUCAUCCUGCAUGUAUCUUUGAUAUUUCAUGUAGACCCAAGGUGGAUAUUUUUUUUUUUAAAUUUUUGUUUUCUUCAGUUUUUUUUUUUUUUUUAUCAAAAUGGCUUCUUCUCGGACGACGGGAGCCUGGAGCCUGUUGGCGGCGUUGAGUCUCCUUGGCUGCUGUAGUUUUGGCCGGUGUGAGGCCUCAAGGACUAGUGGCUCAGCCUCUGCAGGACAUAGACAGGAUCAAGGACCUUCGUCCCUGGAGCGAGUGAAGAGGGGAUGGGUGUGGAACCAGUUCUUCGUGGUGGAGGAGUACACGGGCACGGAGCCACUGUACGUCGGCAAGAUCCACACAGACUCGGACGAGGGCGAGGGCAACAUCAAGUACACCAUCUCUGGUGAAGGGGCGGGCUCCAUCUUCAUCAUCGAUGAGCUAACCGGAGACAUCCAUGCCACAGAGAGACUAGACCGCGAGGAGAAAGCUUUCUACACGCUUCGAGCUCAGGCCCGGGACCGCCACUCAAACGAUCCUUUGGAACCAGAGUCUGAAUUUGUCAUCAAAGUCCAAGACAUCAAUGACAGCGAGCCCAAGUUCUUGGAGGGGCCCUAUAUCGGCAGCGUGGCAGAGCUGUCUCCCAUAGGAACGUCCGUCAUGAAGGUGACCGCCUCAGACGCCGAUGACCCCACGUACGGCAGCAGCGCCAGAGUGGUGUACAGCGUCCUGGACGGAGAGAGGUUCUUCACCGUUGAUAAACACACAGGAAUCAUCAUGACAGCAGUGGCGGAUUUGGACCGGGAGACACAGGAUCGUUACGAGCUGGUCGUCAAGGCAACAGACAUGGCAGGACAAAUGGGCGGUCUCUCCGGCUCGACCACGGUGACCAUAGUGAUCACAGACGUUAAUGACAACCCACCACGCUUCCCACAGAAGAUGUAUCAGUUCUCUGUGUCAGAGGGGGCGGCCGUGGGAACGCCGGUCGGACGCGUCAUAGCCACCGAUGCCGACAUGGGAGAAAACACGGACAUGAGUUAUCUGAUCAAAGAGGGAGGGGAGCUCUUCAAGGUCACUACUGACGCCGAGACACAGGAGGCUGUUGUUUCCAUCAAGAAGCCACUCGACUUUGAAAGCAAGAACACACACAAUGUAGUAGUGGAGGCAGUAAAUAAGCACGUUGACCCGCGCUUCGUGGACCUGGGCACCUUCAGCGACCAGACCAUCGUCCGGGUCAGCGUGUCAGACAUAGACGAGCCCCCCAUGUUCCACCCGGCAGAGGGCGCAAUUAUGGAAGUGCAGGAGGACGCCAAAGUGGGAGCGCUGGUUGGCAUGGUUACCGCCAGAGACCCGGACGUGAAGAACAACCCUGUCAAGUUCUACAUUGAUCGGACCACAGACCAGGAGAUGAUUUUCCACAUUGAUCAAGAUUCCGGAGGCAUCACGCUGAGCAAGAUUUUGGACCGAGAGACUGCUGGCUGGCACAAUAUAACUGUGAAGGCUGUGGAAGCAGAUAACCGCACCAUGGAGUCCCACGCGUCAGUGAGUAUCCGAAUUCUGGACGUGAACGACAACCCCCCGGAGCUGGCGACGCCCUACGAAGCCUCGAUCUGUGAGGAUGCCAAACCAGGCCAGCUAAUUCACACCAUCAGUGUGGUGGACAGAGAUGAGCCGCAGUCAGGACAUCGCUUCUACUUUGCUUUGCCUCCGGAGGCGCCCAGCAACCAGCACUUCACCCUGUGGGACCUGAAAGACAACACGGCCGGCAUCCGGACCCAGCGCUCCGGCUUCAACCGCCACGAGCAGAACGUCUACUUCCUGCCCAUCCUGGUGGUGGACAGCGGGCCGCCGUCCCUCAGCUCCACGGGCACGCUCACCAUUCACGUCUGCGGCUGCGACACAGAAGGAGCGAUCCAGUCCUGCAACGCCACGGCCUACGUGAUGAGCGCGGCUCUCAGCCCGGGGGCCCUCAUAGCGCUGCUGGUCUGCAUGCUCAUCCUCAUAGUCCUGGUCUUGCUGAUCCUGACCCUGAAGCGGCACAGGAAGGGCCAGAGGAUGACGGAGGACGAGGAGGACAUGCGGGACAACGUCAUCAAGUACAACGACGAGGGCGGAGGGGAGCAGGACACGCAGGCGUACGACAUGAGCGCCCUCAGGAACCUCUAUGACUUCCCAGAGGCCAAGAGCAGUGACUCUGGGCCGGACAUCCGCUCGCUGCCGCAGUGGAUACAGGCCGGCAGGGGGGGCGGCGGCGCCGAGAGCGCGGCGGCGGCGGCCGCGGCCGACUUCUCCUUAUUCAAAGGCUACAUUAGGAAAAAGGUGGAGCAGGCUGACGCCGACCUGUCCGUUCCGCCGUACGACUCUUUCCAGACGUACGCCUUCGAGGGCACCAGCUCGCCGGCGCUCUCGCUGAGCUCCAUCCACACGCUGUCCACCACCUCAGAGCAGGAUUUCUCCUACCUCAGCGACUGGGGGCCGCGCUUCAGGCAACUGGCGGGUUACUACGCUCCAGGGAACCCGGAGGAGGAAGGGUCCUAGCACCGCUCCUCCUCCGCUCUGCAGAGACACACUUUAGCUUCCUCUUCUUUCUCCUUCGUCUCUGCCUCCUCUUCUCACCCUCUGACUCGCUGCUGAGAUGAUCAGAGCCAGCACUGUGUAUCCUAAAAGACAGAGCAUCACCUCUUUAUCUCUUUGAAACAAACCUCCACAUUUUUUUUAAUGUCCUUCUGUUUGGGUUGUGUGAGUUUUCAGACGUGAAGAUGGAGGCGUUGUAUGGGAAAAGUGGAAAGAGUCCAGUCACCAAAAUUUCCAUUUAGACUUUUUUUAAUAUCUCCAAUCAGAAAUAGUCUUUUUUAUUUUAAGCUCCAUGACUGUUUUCCGUAUCACACAGGUACAGUAAGGUUACAUCGCGCCAAGGCAAACUGACACACAUAUUUAUUUAAGGAGGAAAUAUUUAUGUAUUUAUUUGUUUUUAAGUAUUUAUAUAUUUAUUUACACCAUGAUCACUAUGGUAACUGCAAGCAUGGACUCUGCUGAUGUGCUGAAGAAAAGUGAGGGGAGGAGGACAUUACAUAAGGAACGGGAGAAACGUGGAAGAAGGAACGACAGACUGACUGCAGUGACACUGGCACAGAGAAACAUCUGGGUCAUUUAAAAAUUACAUUCUGGAAAGUCUUUAUAUUUAUUUUCUACGAUCACUUUUUGUAAAAUGACCAACUUAAGAUGGAUAGGGAAAAAAUCAAAAGGCGAGGAGACCGAUGGGAACAGAUGGUGCGAGAGAACGGCAGGAGAAAUGAGCUGCCAGUUCUGUCUGAACGCUCGACUUGGACGUACUUUUACUGUAUUUUAGUGAUAAUCUACAUAAAAUGUUUUUUUUUUUUUUGAAGGUCACAGACUGAGGACUACUGAGCGACGACAGUUUCCUUUCUUAUCCUUUCCACAGCCAGUUGUAAGGCAAUAAGGCACAAACCGCAACAGUGAUUUAAGACAAAAUGACUGUUUCAUGGAAUUGGCUGUUGGCCAACUUUGUCCCAAAAGGAUCCGGUCGUCAAUCCUACAAUUUGUGUGUCUGAAUGUGUUCAAUUCGCUUUUCCAACCCGAGACAUUUGAUUUUGCAUUUGAAUAUUCUGUUUUGUUUUGUUCAGGACAUGGGACGGGUGAAACCGGUGUCUGCUGAGGGGGGGGGGUCUAACGCGCGUCGAAUGGACUGGUCAAACCCACCUGAUAACCACGACCUAUUAAUGUUGACCUUUACUUGCAAAUGUAUGGAAAAUAAAAAAAAUAAAUAUUUAAUUUUUUUGGUAAAAACCUA